GGCGCGAGCGGGAAGGACCAGUCGGCCGUCAGUUGUCUAUCUCUCAGCUUCCAAACUCCUUCGACAAAACGGUUAAUGGUUGUGUGUUCAGAAAGUUUACUCUUACCGUCAAAAGCUGUUCAGUGGCGCUGUAGGUAUAACACUGCUGGAGGCGACUUUCCUGUGUCCUAAAAGCCAAACUUUACCAUAAGUUAUCUCUGAGUAUCAUUCAUCGACCGCCCGUAACCCGUCGGUGACCUCCAGUGACCUUCCCUCGACCCAUCCGUGCCCCAUCGGUGACAUCCGCUCACCUCUGAGCACCCCGCUGACCCCCGCGAUGCCCGGCCCCACGCUGCUAGCCGCCGGCCUCUCGAUCCUGGUUCUCCUCUCUCUCGGCAUCGUCACCUUCUCCAACUACCAGAUGGCUCGCCAGGCAGCGGCCAGUCGCAGCGCCGCCGCGACGACGACCACGACGACAACGACGACCACAACCACGACGACGGCGGCGACACUGGUGCUGGCCACGUGCAUGACCUCACCGCUGGUGCCGACCCAGGCCAACCUGCAGCUGACCUUCAGUCAGACAGGGGUGGAUGGGACGCUCAGCGUCACCGGAGCCGCCUUCGGCAGUGCAGUUCCCGCCGGCUCCACCAGCCUCCUGGUGUACUCCGUGCCCUGCGCGGACGUCUCUGCCGGCCUAGCCAGCCCGGAGAGCCCGGCGCUGGUCAGCUCGGGACCCACCAGCGCUGGCACGGCCGUCACCUUUCAGGAGACCUCGCUGGACUGGAGCGUGGUGGCCGGGGGAAGCAGGCCGCUGCUGCUCGGUACAGCUGUGCAGCUGCUGGUGGACGGGGUCACCGCCCCAGAGGCCUGCUGCGAGGUUACCGCCAGCUGAGCGGCAGCGGGAGCCUGCUGAGAGGCUACCGUCAGCUGAGCGGCGCGUCGACCCGUGCUGGGUCAAGGUCGCCCGGCAUGAGCUGAUGCUGUGCUGUAAUGUGAUGAUUGGUGCAUGAGUAAAUACUCAAAGAGCGAAGUGCUUGGUUUGCUAAUUGGAUGUUUUUUUUUAUUUGUGAUAAUUGAGCUGGUGUAAAUUAAAUGGUUCAACGGCGUAAGCUGAGAACAGUGUCGGACUUCACUUGAAUGAUGAUCAAUGAAUGAAUGAAUGAAUGAAUGAAUGAAUGAAUGAAGGAACUGUGCGC